AUUUUUUUAGUGUUGUAGCCCUAAGGAGAUCGUGUAACUUUAUGUUCAAAUUUUAAAUUUAGCAACACAUGAAUUGUAUGCAUGCACGCCAUCGUCCUCAUUACCGACAGAUUGCAUACGUUUAGUCUUUUUCUAUAGUAUUGCUUACUAUUAAAUGCAGUAGGAAUCUUAUAUUUAUAACGUAAAAUCAGGACAUUGUAAAUACGUUUCACAAUUACCACCAUGGCGUCAAGUGAAGGUCGAAGUGCUCAGUCAAACUUGCAUCAGCAAGACCUAACCAAAUUGGAUGUAACAAAAUUAUCGGCUCUCUCACCUGAAGUUAUAUCAAGGCAAGCAACGAUUAAUAUAGGUACUAUCGGGCAUGUAGCUCACGGCAAAUCAACUGUUGUGAAGGCUAUCUCUGGAGUGCAAACUGUUAGAUUCAAGAAUGAACUGGAGAGGAACAUCACUAUCAAAUUAGAGCGCCUGUCGGACUCAGUUGUAAAAAUGUACACUGAAAGGGCAGAUGAAAGGAUUGAAAACUUAUUCUUUGACAAAAUAAAAAGAGCCAGAAAAAGAAACAUGUCCAUUGAGUCUGGAGAGGAAGAGGUUGCUUCUAAGAAACAAAAGAAAAGCAAAAAGAUAAAAGAUUCAGAAGAAUUCAUCAUAGAAAAAAUUAUUGGAUUCAAGUAUGAAUUUGGAAAAGAAUAUUUCCAUGUAAAAUGGAAAGGAUGGCCUGACAGUGAAAACACCUGGGAACCCAUUGAACAUUUGGAUAAUUGUCCAGACAUUAUUAAAGAAUUCCUUAUUACCGAGGAAAGUAAAAACUGUAACAAAAUAGAAAAGCUUAAAGAAGAAAUAUCAUUUGAUAAUCUCUUAUGUGAAAAAGAACUUUUAAAAAGAUAUGAUGAAUUUGAUGGUGUAGAACUCAUAAAAAUAAAAAAUGAUUUGUUACUUAAAUUAUUGUCAAUGACAGUAUUAUCUGAAGAUCAAGAAGUGUAUGCAAGUGAACUUGUGCAAAAAACUAGAGAUAUUUUACAAUUGUAUGUUUUUACAAGAACAAGGUGUCGUCAAUUGAUGAAAUUAAAAGAUUGGGAAGAAAUUUUAAAUCAAGUAGAUAAGUCUAAGAAAUUGAUAGUAGAAAACAAUAUUGAUUUGGCUGGACCCCCUGAAAGUUUCACAUAUAUUAAUCAAUCCAUACCAGGACCUGGAGUUAUUAUCCCUGAUGAACCACCAAUUGGGUGUGAGUGUUCAGCUUGUAACUGCCGUUCAAAGACUUGCUGUGGUAUGCAAGCUGGUUUGUUUGCUUAUACAAAUAAUAAAAGGCUACGGGUGGCUCCAGGUACUCCUAUUUAUGAAUGUAAUAAAGCAUGUAAAUGCUCCUCAGACUGCAAUAACCGUGUAGUUCAAAGCGGGCGGAAUGUUAAACUUACAAUAUUUCGUACAUCUAAUGGCUGUGGGUGGGGUGUAAAAAGUGAACAAAAAAUAAAAGAAGGUCAGUUCAUUUGUCAGUAUGUAGGGGAAGUCAUUACGUUUGAAGAGGCAGAAAAGCGUGGAAGGGAAUAUGAUGCUAAUGGGCUUACAUAUCUGUUUGAUCUUGAUUUCAACUCAGUUGAAAAUCCCUAUGUUGUAGAUGCUGCACAUUUAGGAAAUGUAUCACAUUUUAUAAACCAUUCGUGUGACCCUAAUUUAGGUGUCUGGGCAGUUUGGGCUGAUUGUCUUGAUCCAAAUUUACCAAUGUUAGCUUUGUUUGCAACACGAGACAUUGAGAUAGGUGAAGAAAUAUGCUUUGACUACUUACAAAAAUCCCCCGAAAAUGACGUGAGUAAUGUUGGGUCCAUAAACACUAUUGAUAGUGAAGACAAUGAUGUAGAGGCUGCAAAUGGUUCAGAGGCAGGCAUUGCAUCAGCCCCUGGGUCACCAGUGAAGUCUAGGUUUGAAAUCCAACAACAAAACAUGGCAAUGUUAAGAAAUCGAACCGAGUGCAGAUGUGGUACUGCUAAAUGUAGAAAAUAUUUGUUUUGAUACAUGAAUGAAAAGAAAUAUCACAAUUAUAUUAUACUGUUGUAAAAUUGUUGUGUGGAUUUUGUUAUGUAUUAUGUUGCAAUAUGGAAAUAAUGUGCACUUACAUUUAUUGUUCUUAUUCGGACAUGUUUUAUAUUGAAUAUUAUUUUAAUACUGAAUCUCAUUUCAGUUUAUUUAAAUUGUCCACAAAAUAACUAGCACAAUAUAAUGUCAUAUUUGACAGUUAAUAUCAGUGCUGUUACACUGUGGCCUGUGGUUCAAAAUACUGCACAAAUAGAUAAAAAAACUUAGUUUUAUUACUUUAGAUUAAUAUGACAUAAUGUUUUUGUGGAACUGUGAAAUUUUCUGCAUGAUACUAUUUUUGAUAUGAUAAUUGAUUUAAUUAAAUAAAUAGAAAUAUAUUUACUUGCUAAAAAUUUAUAAUAAUAUACUAUUCUCCUGUACUGUGCCUUAUAUUGUAAAUACUUCUCAUGUCUUACUUUAUGAUUAGAGUUCCAUAGUCAAUAGUUAUAAGCGGUUUUAUUAUAAUCAUGCAAACACCAUUACUUGCUUUAAUUGCUGUACAAUUCAUAAUAUUGUAAAGGACAAUGCCCAGUUAGUGAACCUUAUUAAACAAUUCAAUUUGA